AAAAAAAAACCUGAUCGAGCCGGUUGCAUCGCUUUCGCUGCGGCAGCACGUGGUGGAUGACUACAUAAGAUCCUCCCACAUCCUCCUGCCAUCCUCACACAUCAUGUCCGCCAACGACUAUUACGGAGGAAAACCCCAAGGCCAGUACUACCCUCCUCAAGGCGCACCACCAGGACAGGGCGGCUAUUAUCCGCAGGCACCUCAGCAGUCUUACCAGGGCUACCCCCAGCAAGGUUACCCCCAGCAGGGAGGCUAUGGCGGAGGAUAUCAGCCCCAGCCUCAGCCCCAGACAGUCGUAGUACAACAGCCCGAGAAAGGCGGAGGCGGGGGCUCAGGUGGAUGCAUGGCUUGCCUGGCUGGAAUGUGUCUGUGUUGCUGCGCUGAAGAACUCUGCGAGUGUUUGUUUUAAUCAAGCCUUAUGGUGCAGUACGGGCUGUGGCCACAGACAAUAUGUUUUUCUUUCAGACACCAUGCGGCUUUUACAGCUGCGACAUGGGAUGUUUUUAUUUUUCUUACGCUUAGGUCUCCUAUUUUCUCUUUAUAUAUCUCUUAGUCGUACAUGUAUCAGUUGCCCCGCAUAUAUCGAACAAGUACACCAUGAAAUCUGGAGCUGCCAACAUCGGAUGUUUUUUUUGUCCCUGAGUAUAUGCGGCUUCCGCUGGCGGUCGGUUAGGCGUUCAAUGCGGAGAUUAUGAUUGG